UUUUCGAGCGGUGGUUUCCAUAACAUUUCGCAGUCCAAGAUGGACCGCGUUGGCGUCACGUUGUUGAUGCUUCUGUCACUGGCGCUGAUGCGACUGAGUGACAGCGAGAGACAAGAAUCGACGGGAGGUACGAACGAUGGUGCGAGCGCCGGGGCGCUCGUUCGGGACCCGCAGUCAAGAGUGAGAAGUCAAGGCCAUUUAGCAAAGCGAAACGAAGACAGCAUGUCCUCCACUAGUAGUAACCUUAACGUUUACGUUAACGUUAGCGAAACUUCAUCCGAAUCGCUCCCAAGGCACCCUGCGCGCAGGACUCCGGAGAACGAGCACGAGCCCGAGCGCGCAUCGCUUCUUCCACGAGGUAGUAGUAGAAGCAGCAGACACGCGCCCAUGAUCAAACCGCUUUCCCCUCACGGGAAGGACCAUUCCUCCCGGGACGGCUCGGCUCCUGCUCCGCGAGACAGCGCGCCCCGCGCCGCGAGACAGGUCGCCCCCCAUUCAUCCCAGUACAGGUCCCGCGUCAACCACAGGCAGGCCAGCAGGCACACAAGACGGCUUGCUGGGCCUAAUGUGUGUGGAGGUCAGCAGUGUUGCUCUGGAUGGGCCCUCGCCCCAGGAACCAACCGCUGUAUUAAACCUGACUGCCAGCCGGCCUGCCAGAACCGAGGCUCCUGCAGCCGCCCCCACACCUGUGUGUGUCGCUCGGGCUUCCAGGGGGCUCGCUGCGAGGAGGUGACCCCGGAGCAGGUGUACAUCCGCGACGGCGGGGCCCUGCGGCGCGUCAAGCCCGGCACCAACCCCUUCCAGAAGGACCAGGCGCGGAGGAGGCCCGCCGAGAGGCAGGCCCCGGAUUCGGCUCGAGCCCGGAGCCCGCUGACCGCGUCCACAAAGGCCCCCCUCCACGCUGCCUCCCAAGUGAGGCGGGGACCUCCUGACCUCACCCCUCAGCAGACCGGCUCGUCCCGCACGGUGAAGCGGUACCCGUCCUCCGCCGGGCCCAUCACCUCCAACGCGCUGCCCAACGGGAACGGCUACAGCACCGGACACGGCGCCGCCAACUGGCCCGGGACGGGCAGGACUGGGAACCCCGACGGGCAUUCUCCCAGCGUUCCCAGGACCGGAGCCGCCGCCGCUGCUGCUGCAGCCAACGGCCAGCCACAGACACCACAGCUCAGCAACGCCUUAUCGCACGCAGGGGCCAACCUGACGUCCAGCCUGGACCGCAUCAAGAUCGUCUUCACGCCCAUGCUGUGCCGCCGGGUGUGCAGCGGCGGCCGCUGCCACAACAGCUGCGAGAAGGGCGACACCACCACGGUGUACAGCGAGAACCACCAGCGACAGCAGCAGCAGAGGCAGCAGCAGUCCGAGAAGCAGGGAUUCAGACUCUUCUUCUGUCAGAUCUCGUGUCUGAACGGGGGCCGCUGCAUCGGCAGGGACCAUUGUUGGUGUCCGUCCAACUCCACGGGGAAGUUCUGCCACCUGCCGGCCCCGCCCCCCACCAGGCACCAGGGAGGCCGCAAGGACGUCCACCAACCGGGGGCCAACUCCCACUCCAUGUACACGCUGCCCCUGUCCAAUCAGCAAGUUUCCAUGCAUCCAUCCCUGGUGAAUGUCCAUAUCCAGCACCCCCCGGAGGCGGAGGUGCAGGUCCACCAGGUGGCGAGGGUCAAGCCGGGCCAGAGGCCCACCGCCCCUGAGGGGGCACACUCGGUCCAGCAGCGGUCCCAGCCCGGGAACGGGAACGGGGAUGGCAAGGGCCACGGAAACGGCAACGGGCAUCAUCAUAAACCCACCAGUGAGAACGCCAAUGGAAAACUACCAAACGACGGGAACAGCGAAAGAACACUAACAACCAAUGGGAACGCCUAUAGACCACCAGACCGACAGAAUGGAUACGUGGGAAGGUGCUUCCAGGAGACUGUUGAUGGACAGUGUGGGAAGCCUUUGCCAGGCCUAACCAAACAGGACGAUUGCUGUGGAAGUGUUGGAGCCUCCUGGGGUCUUAACAAGUGCCAGAAGUGCCCAAAAACACCAGCAUACGCGGUGAUCGCAAACGGACAGGUGGAAUGUCCGAAAGGUUACAAACGGAUGAACGCAACCCAUUGUCAAGACAUCAACGAGUGCGCGAUGACAGGACUCUGCAAGAACGCCGAAUGCCUCAACACCAAAGGCAGCUACAGGUGCACCUGCAAGCAUGGCUUCAUGCUGGACCCGGCCCGGAGCCACUGCGUCUCGGACAAGGCCGUGUCCGAGAAUAAGGGGCUGUGCUACCGGUUCUCCUCAGCAGGCGCCUGCACCCUCCCGCUGCCCGCUUCCAUCACCAAGCAGAUCUGCUGCUGUAGUCGUGUGGGCAAGGCCUGGGGACCCGGCUGUGAACGCUGCCCUGUGCCCGACUCAGACGACUUCAAGGAGAUCUGCCCCGCGGGCCACGGCUACACCUACUCCCGCUCCGACGUGCAGAUCUCCCUGAGGCAGCUUGAGGAGGCCGACCUGAGGAACACCGGCAUCACCUGGCUGGACCCCAGCCCCCUGGAACCCGAGUGGCCCCCCUACCUGCCAGAGCAGCCGAACCCCGACCCCCACCAACACCACAACCACCACCAGCACCACGUGCCCCAGGUUCCAGUGUACCCAGAGCCACCGCAGGUAACCCAGCACCACCCCCACCCCCAGACGCCCCACCAGCCGAGACAACCACCCCCCACACCUGCGGAGCAGCCCGUGGGCCCCCGUGAAGACACGCGCCAGCCGGCCAGCGAGUGGCCCGGUCAGCCCGAGGAUGUGGAAACACUGAGCCUGCCAACGGUUGUGACAGCCUCCCCUGAGCCACAUCCAGAGAGGACCCCAGAACCUGGGCCAUACGUUGAGGAAACGUUCCCGGUGGACCCACCCACCAAGCCCCAGCCAGCUAUAGACAAGUGCGCCCUGGCCCCCAACAUAUGCGGCCAUGGGACGUGUGUGUCGGUGCAAACGGGCUACACCUGCUCCUGUGACCCCGGCUACAAGCUCAGCGCCCUGCAGACCAACUGCAUCGACAUGAACGAGUGUGAGCAGAACCCGUGCGAGGGGCGGGGCCACUGUGUCAACACCUUCGGCUCCUACACCUGCCACUGCCACAGCGGCUUCAGCCAGGUCAUCACCCAGAACAGGAAGUUCUGCCAAGACAUUAACGAGUGCAGCAUGCCCAACAAGUGCCAGGACGGGGACUGUGUCAACACAGAGGGGUCCUACACCUGUGAAUGCAAGACUGGCUACGUAAUGUCUUGGAGAGGGUUGUGUGAAGACAUCGACGAGUGCCGGGAGGCCGAGUCCUGCCCCGACGCCGUCUGCACCAACACCCCCGGGUCCUUCCACUGCCGGCUCUGCGGCCCCGGGACGCGGCCCUCCAACGGGCGCUGCGUUGACAUUAACGAAUGUCUGGACCAAUCGAUGUGCGGCAAUGGUAGAUGUGUCAACACGGAGGGCUCCUAUAUGUGCAACUGUUUCCAUGGAUACAAACUCUCAGUGCAAAACCUGUGCCAAGAUGUGGACGAGUGUGUUCUCCCCGGGGUCUGCACCGGCGGCCGCUGCGUCAAUCUGGAGGGGACGCACGAGUGUGUCUGUGGCCCCGGCUACCAGGCCACCCCCGACAGCAAGGCCUGCGAAGAUGUCAACGAGUGCGCCGCUCCCAACGUGUGCCCAGUUGGAAUCUGCGUCAACGGUGAGGGCUCCUUCUCCUGCCAGGAGUGCAGGCCCGGGUUCAGACCCUCUGCAGAUGGGCUGAGUUGCGAGGAUUUGAAUGAGUGUGCACAGGGGGACUUGUGUCUGGGAGGGGUGUGUCGCAACAGAGAGGGGUCCUACAUUUGUACCGACUGCAGGACCGGCUAUCAGGUGUCCCAAGACCAGCAGAGGUGUGAAGACGUCGACGAGUGCCGGUCCCUGUCGGCCUGUGCCAACGGCAUCUGUCUGAACUCGGAGGGCUCGUACACCUGCAGGACCUGUCCCCAGGGCUACGUGGUGUCCCACGACGGGGAGCUCUGUGAAGACAUUGAUGAGUGUGCGCUUCCCAACGCGUGCCCCGGAGGAACGUGUACAAACACAGACGGUUCCUUCACAUGCCUCACCUGUCGGCCAGGAUUUAGAGUCCCCGAGGAUGGACAUCAAUGUGAAGAUGUGGACGAGUGCUUGGUGGCUAAUGAGUGCCCCGGCCAGCUGUGCGUGAACGUGCCGGGCUCCUUCGUCUGCAGUGACUGCGGCGAGGGACUGCAGCUGUCCCAGGACGGGGUCACCUGCGAGGACGUGGACGAGUGCCACUCACAGGGGGCGUGUCCCGGAGGGGUGUGCGCCAACACGCACGGCUCCUUCUCCUGCCUGACCUGUGACCCCGGCUUCACACCCAACGGCGGAUCCUGCGAAGAUGUGAACGAGUGUCUGACCGUCGCUGGGAUCUGUGGAGAAGGAGAGUGUCUGAACACGGAGGGAUCCUACGUAUGCAUCUGUUCCGACGGAUACACCACUGGCACCGGGGCGACCGGCUGCCAAGACGUGGACGAGUGCAGCCCGGAGGUGGACAUCUGUGCCAGAGGCCAGUGCAUCAACACAGACGGGUCCUACCUCUGCCUGUGUGAGGCCGGCUUCAAGUUCAACCCCGCCAUCUCCGACUGCGAGGACCAGGACGAGUGUGUGGAGUUUGGGAGCGCGGCGUGUGGAGUGUGGCGCUGUGAGAACCUGGUGGGCUCGUACCGCUGCUACAUGGGCUGUGAGCCGGGCGUGGACGGGGAGGACUGUGAUGCCGACGAAUGUGUGAACGAGACCAUCUGUGGAAACCACGGCUUCUGUGAGAACACGGACAACUCCUACCUCUGCCAGUGUCACCAGGGCUACACCAACCCCCCCGGGGAGACCACCCGCUGCGUUGACGUGAACGAGUGCGAGAUGAGCAUGGCUGUGUGCGGGGAGGCCCUGUGUGAGAACUACGACGGCAGCUUCCUGUGCAUCUGCUCCAGCGACAAUGAGGAAUUUGAUCCCGUUACCAGUCAAUGCCGAACCACGGAUCCCCCUGACUCCUCCCCCUCCUCCCCCGCCUCCCCCGCCUCCCCGCCCCGGGCGGAGGAGAGGAAGGAGUGUUACUACGACCUGGACAGCGCCGACAUGUGCAACAACGUCCUGUCCCGCAACACCACCAAGCAGGAGUGCUGCUGCACCAUCGGAGCUGGCUGGGGCGACAACUGUGAGGUCCACCCGUGCCCCCUUCCUGAGAGAGCCGAUUUUAACGAGCUGUGCCCGCAUGGCAUUGGGCUGCUGCCCCGGACUCGGCCCGCGGGCUCGCAGAGCCUGGAGGAACGACAUCAUUCCAGAGACGUGAACGAGUGCGAGAUGUUUGGCUCGGAAAUCUGCAAGAACGGCCACUGCUCCAACCUCUACUCCACCUACACCUGCCUCUGCCGCUCGGGCUUCUACUACGACCACAUCCGCCAUGAGUGUGCGGAUUACGACGAGUGUGAGAUGGGGGACACGUGCGUGCACGGCGUGUGCGUGAACACGGCCGGCUCCUUCAACUGCUUCUGCAGCCCCCCGCUAGUGCUGGACGGGAGCGGGAGACGCUGCAUCGGCCUCAACGCCACUGAAGGGGAGUCCCUGGAGCCCGAGCAGGACGUCCACAUGGACAUCUGCUGGCAGGUCCUGGUGGAGGACAACAUGUGUGCCAACCCCCUGGCCGGCCACCGCACCACCUACACAGAGUGCUGCUGCCUCUACGGCGUGGCCUGGAGCGAGCAGUGUGCCUUCUGCCCGCGCAAGGACUCAGAGGACUACGCGGUGAUGUGCAACCUGCGCCGGCCCGGCAGCACCGACAGCCUGAGGGAGCGGCCCCCGGCGCAGUACGAGUACAGCCCGGAGGGCUCCGAGGCCCCCCUGGAGCCCUUCGUGUCCCCCUACUGGGACAACUACGGCGGGGGGCCGCUGCCCGAGGGGACCUACUACAACCCGGGGGUCCCCGAGGGUGUCCCCCUCUUCAACGACUACAGCCCCCGGGAGCCCCCCGCGCGGGUCCCGGUCCUGAGGCCUCGGGAGUUCCAGCCCCGCCCGCUGAGACCCCACACCAGGCCCUACGGCGGGUUCGAGGGCCUCCGGGCCGAGGAGUGCGGCAUCCUGAACGGCUGUGAGAACGGCCGCUGCGUGAGGGUCCGUGAGGGCUACACCUGCGACUGCUUCGACGGCUACGAGCUGGACCUCAACAAGAUGGCCUGCAUCGACAUCAACGAGUGCGAGGACAUCAGCGACAGCGUGGCCUUGUGUCAGAACGCCCGCUGCUCCAACACGGAGGGCUCCUACAAGUGCAGCUGUCUAGCCGGCUUCGUGGCCUCCGCCAAGCCCCACGAGUGCAUCCCCGAGAUCCCCCAGGAGGUGGCCAGCGAGGCCGGGUAGUGGGGCCGG